AUGAUCAGUUUCUUUUGGGGACCCAAGAUUGCCAAAGGCAUUGUGCAGAAAAUAGAGCGGUUUAAAAAUUUCGUAUACACGUACCGAAUCUUCAAAGAGAGACAUGGGUUUUACAAUAUACAGACCGUAGAAGGUGCUCCCAAACAGAUCUUCUCAAACCUAAAGGAAUUGAUCUCCACAUUUGAGAAACCAAAUCAAGGGCUGGUGGUCCACCUUGGACAUCCGAUAAAGCAAGCCAGCUUCUGCCCGAGAUGGAGACGAUCACAGAUAAAGCUGGAUGGUAUUUACGAGAACAGUAACAGUGACUAUGUGGAGGUCUUGCCUUGAAGACAAGGAGACUGAACAAAGCAAUUAGAGAAGAGAUGGGGUGACAGCUCUCACUGGCAACCCUGCUUCUCCUGCAGGUGUGGUUCUGGAAGACUGAGCUCUAGGGGACAAUUCAGACUCUCCUGGUCUGGGUGACUGAAGACAUUCUGUCCACCAACCUCAGAGAAAUUAUUCCCCACAUCCCUGCCUCCCGUGCAUACACCAUGAGCAGCUUUGAAACUCCUUUCCCCCCUCUCACUCUUCUUGCCUGGAAUAGGACAGGCUGAACCUAUUCUCCAUGGUUGAUGCCCUCCUGCAGACCAGCGAUCUGAGGCACAGCUUCAUACAGAAGAGUGCGCACUUGGCCAUGAGUUAGGAGCCUGAGUUCCAGUCCUGUGGCUAUGAGACUUUGAAGAAACCUCUUGCCCUGUCUGGGGGUCUCCACUUCUUCAUCUAGAAAACAAACACAUGUUCCUGCCUCUCUGCUGAGCCCGAAUGGAGGAGUCCUGGGGUCAUGGAGAUGUACACGAGGGUGGCAAGAGAUCUGAGUCCUAGCCUCCCAAACAGCCAACAUGGUCUCUGCACCUGCCUGUCCCAGUCUUGGUCAUGGCAGGGGCCCUGACCUCCCACCUGUCCUUCUCCCCCGCAUUCUAGCUCUUCUCCUUCUUAUUAAUCUUGAUUUUCCUGCCAGACACAUCCACGGAAACACUUUCUCACUGGUUUUGCCCAAUUUCACGUAUGCACCAACCACUUUAGCAGCAUGGAUGUAGUUCUGUACUGCAGUGAUAUCUGUGGGCAUCUUAAAGAUAUUCUCCUUUGUGUGGUUCCUUUUCCCAUCUAGAUAUUAAGUGCCACCAAAGCAUGGUUGGGUCUCCCUCAUAUCCCCCAGUGUGGAAAAGUGUGCUGCAUAGAGCUGUGCCCAUUCACAGGAUUUUGACUGGAAACACAUUGCUGAAGGAUUUGUUGAAUUUGUUCAAAGUCCUUUGCAUUUUUCUGCUAGUUAAAAAUUUUAAUUAAGACCUGAUUAGUGUGGAAUGUACCAAAUUCCAUGCCCAUUCUUUUACCUAUCUUCAAACCAUAGUGAUUCAUUUUACCCUACUGGACUUAUCUUCCAAAGUUAUUAAAGAGAAGAACUCUAGAUUUCCAGACAACAUGAACAGACGUUGUGGUUGGAGUCCCAAAGUGUGAGCCAUUUUGAGUUCUUGGGUCACAGAAAUCCAUAGCUACUACCAAGUAGGUAAGAAGUGAAAUGCAGCCACCAUAUUCAGGGAGCUGAGGGAGCUAAAUCCUUCUGGUUGGUUCGCCAUCUUUUCACAAUUCCAGUGGGAAUCUCUCCCCCUCUCUUUCUUUUGGACUUAAGUAUGGAGAGUUGAGAAGUUAAUCACAUUCCUCAGUUCUUAACUCAUUAUCACCAUCAAUCCAUGCAAGACCUUUCUUUGGUUUUAUUUCAUCUUUAUUCCCCUUGUCACUAAUUCUCAUUCCAAUGUUCACACCCUCCCCCAUAGGAAGCAGCUCAAUAGUAUUUGAUAUAUGCCCUUGACAUGUAUGCACCCUUGUAGAAUGUAUAGCAUUGGUUGUGAAUAUAUAUCUUUUAUAUUUACAUACACAAUAUUCUAUUCUUCCAAUUAUGUUAUUACUUUUUUCACUCAAUACCCAGUUUCUUGUAAUGUAAUUCAGUAUCUUAAUGAUGCACAGUAUUUAGUAGUGUCCUUCCACCACAGUUUGCUUAUCCUUUCCUAAAGAGAUAGUCAUCUAGGUUGGUUCCAGAAACAACACUAUGAAGAGCAAAUUUGAAUGAGUCUCCCUAUGGAAAUGUAAGAGAAUUUCUCUGAGCCAUAGGGUCAUAAAGUAUGUUCAUGUUUAAUGAUGACGUAGUCAAACCCAUCAAGUGCUUUUUGACUCUUGUUUAAUAAGCCCUUCCCCACUCCAAGAUCAUGAAAAAAAGUCUCCUACAUUUUGUUUUCCUGGGUUUUAUACAUUUACUCCCUGCAGUUAAGGUUCCAGUGACGGCAAGGACUUUUGCAUUUUUCACAGACACAUUCCCAGUAUCUAGAAAAGCCCUUCACACAUAGUUGGUGUUCAAUAAAUAUUUCUUGAAUGAAGGAUGAAUCCAGGGUUAACCUUUGUAUAUGGUAAGAAGUAUUUCCAACUUUGUAUUUCUCCAUAUAUAUUAAAGUCGUUUUCCCACUUCA